GCCGUGCGCGGGCAGCGGGUUCGCGGCCGGGGCUGCGGUCGCGGGCCGAGGCAAGUGGACCAGCACCUGACACCCGGCCAGACUUCACGACCGGGCGGCAACGCUGCAGGAGCGGGUUCUUGGACUCUCAGGCCACAGAGGGUACCGAGGACCGGGCUCGGAUGGGAGCCGGGCGCCGCGGGCCGGGGCGCGUCAGAUGAUGGAUUUGGACGUUCUCCUAUGAAGACAUGCCAUGUGACCUAGAAGCAAACAUGUACGUGCUACUGCCACCUUAGGACAUCAGGACUGGGUUCAACACUUCCCGGGGAAUCAGGCGUGGUCUGACCCAGGAUCCAAAAGCACAUCCUCACCAAUGACAUCAUGACAGCAAGAGAACACAGCCCUCGCCAUGGUGCCAGGGCCCGUGCAAUGCAGCGGGCUUCCACCAUUGAUGUGGCAGGUGACAUGCUAGGCCUCUCUCUGGCAGGAAAUAUACAAGAUCCAGAUGAGCCCAUUUUAGAAUUCAGCCUAGCUUGCAGUGAGCUGCACACGCCUUCGCUAGAUCGCAAACCAAAUAGUUUUGUGGCAGUGAGUGUCACCACCCCUCCACAGGCAUUCUGGACGAAGCACGCACAGACGGAGAUCAUUGAGGGAACCAACAAUCCAAUAUUUCUAAGCAGUAUUGCCUUCUUUCAAGACUCUCUUAUCAAUCAGAUGACACAAAUCAAACUGUCGGUGUACGAUGUCAAAGAUAGAUCUCAGGGAACAAUGUAUCUGUUGGGCUCUGGAACGUUCAUUGUCAAAGAUCUGCUCCAGGACAGGCAUCACAGAUUACACCUGACACUAAGGUCUGCCGAGAGUGACCGUGUAGGUAAUAUCACCGUGAUUGGCUGGCAGAUGGAGGAGAAGUCAGAUCAGCAGCCCACUGUGACCCGGUCUGUGGACACUGUCAAUGGGAGGAUGGUUCUGCCUGUUGAUGAGAGCUUGACGGAGGCAUUGGGAAUCCGAUCCAAAUAUGCUUCAUUGCGAAAAGACACUUUACUGAAAUCUGUGUUCGGUGGCGCCAUCUGCCGCAUGUAUCGGUUUCCAACCACUGAUGGCAACCACCUGCGGAUCCUGGAGCAGAUGGCAGAGAGUGUGCUUUCGCUGCACGUGCCCCGGCAGUUUGUGAAGCUCCUGCUGGAAGAAGACGCGGCUAGAGUCUGUGAGCUUGAGGAGUUGGGGGAGCUGUCCCCUUGCUGGGAGAGCCUGCGGCGCCAAAUUGUCACCCAGUACCAGACUAUCAUCCUCACCUACCAGGAGAACCUGACUGACCUCCAUCAGUACAAAGGUCCUUCAUUUAAAGCAAGCAGUUUGAAAGCAGAUAAGAAGUUAGAAUUUGUCCCUACAAAUCUGCACAUACAAAGGAUGAGAGUUCAAGAUGAUGGUGGAUCAGAUCAGAACUACGACGUUGUCACUAUUGGUGCUCCAGCGGCACACUGCCAAGGUUUUAAAUCAGGAGGUCUACGUAAAAAGCUGCACAAAUUUGAAGAGACCAAGAAACACAGUUUUGAGGAGUGUUGUACAUCAUCUGGCUGCCAGUCCAUAGUCUACAUACCACAGGACAUCGUCAGAGCCAAGGAGAUUAUCGCCCAGAUCAACACCUUGAAAACCCAAGUUAGUUACUACGCAGAACGGCUGUCACGAGCGGCCAAGGACAGGUCUGCUACUGGCCUUGAGAGAACACUUGCUAUCUUGGCAGACAAGACCAGGCAGCUGGUCACAGUCUGUGACUGUAAGCUGCUGGCCAACUCCAUCCACGGGCUGAAUGCUGCACGGCCUGACUAUAUCGCCUCCAAGGCCUCCCCAACCUCCACUGAGGAGGAGCAGGUGAUGCUUCGGAAUGACCAGGACACUCUCAUGGCCAGAUGGACAGGGAGAAACAGCCGAUCUUCCCUGCAAGUGGACUGGCACGAAGAGGAAUGGGAGAAAGUGUGGCUGAACGUGGACAAGAGUCUGGAGUGCAUCAUCCAGCGGGUGGACAAGCUGCUGCAGAAGGAGCGUCUGCAUGGCGAGGACUGUGAGGAGGUCUUCCCCUGUGCGGGCAGCUGUACCAGCAAGAAAGGUAACCGGCACAGCCACGCCUACUGGAUCAGACCGGAGGACCCCUUCUGCGAUGCCCCCUCCUCGCCAUGUCCCUCCUCCAUGCCCACUGCUGCAUGCCAUCCUCACCCAAACACACAUCGCAGCCCCCCUCCUGAAGAGUCCAGCCCAGGUGAGUGGAGUGAGGCCCUUUACCCUCUGCUGACUACCCUCACAGACUGUGUGACCAUGAUGAGCGAUAAGGCCAAGAAAGCCAUGGUUUUCCUGCUCAUGCAGGACAGCGCCCCCACCAUCGCUUCCUAUCUCAGCUUGCAAUACCGCCGUGAUGUGGUCUUCUGCCAAACCCUGACUGCCCUCAUCUGUGGCUUCAUCAUCAAGCUGAGGAACUGCCUGCACGAUGACGGCUUUCUGCGGCAGCUCUACACCAUCGGGCUGCUGGCCCAGUUUGAGAGCCUGCUGAGCACCUAUGGUGAGACCCACAGCUCAGGGGAAGAGUUGGCUAUGCUGGAGGACAUGAGCCUUGGGAUCAUGGACUUGAGGAACGUGACCUUUAAAGUCACUCAGGCCACUUCAAGUGCAUCAACUGACAUGCUGCCUGUCAUUACAGGAAACCGUGAUGGAUUUAAUGUUCGGAUCCCUCUGCCAGGUCCACUGUUUGACUCUCUACCCCGGGAAAUUCAGAGUGGCAUGCUGCUGCGAGUGCAGCCAGUUCUCUUCAAUGUGGGCAUCAAUGAGCAGCAGACACUGGCUGAGAGGUUUGGUGAUACUUCUUUACAAGAAGUUAUCAACGUGGAGAGUCUGGUGCGCUUAAAUUCCUACUUUGAGCAGUUUAAGGAGGUUUUGCCAGAGGAUUGUCUACCUCGGUCUCGGAGUCAGACCUGCCUGCCAGAGCUGUUGCGGUUUCUGGGGCAGAAUGUGCACGCACGGAAGAAUAAGAACGUGGACAUCCUCUGGCAAGCUGCUGAGGUCUGCCGCCGUCUUAAUGGGGUCCGCUUCACCAGCUGCAAGAGUGCCAAGGACCGCACAGCCAUGUCAGUGACGCUGGAGCAGUGCCUGAUCCUGCAGCACGAGCACGGCAUGGCCCCUCAGGUCUUCACGCAGGCCCUGGAGUGCAUGCGCAGUGAGGGUUGUCGAAGAGAAAAUACAAUGAAGAAUGUUGGAAGUCGCAAAUAUGCAUUUAAUUCCCUGCAGCUGAAGGCUUUCCCCAAGCAUUACAGGCCUCCCGAAGGGACUUACGGAAAAGUGGAAACAUGAACACACGGUUUCCUAAUUAGUUGUUAUGUAAUAAAUGUGGGUACCCACUAGUGUCAUACAUGAACUCUUCAAGAAGACCUGAAGGAUUGUUUAUUUUUAUGUUUUUUAAAAUAACUUCACUAAAGAGUCCAUGGAGCAUGUUUUUUCUGUUGGAAUCCAUAGGAGGUAAUGUUGGCUCUAUAGUAUGGAUAGUAAUGACCGCCCUUAACAGUAGUGUUCAGCUGUAACCAUACAGCUACCAUAGUUACCUGUAAGAGUUCAGUUUGUCUGAACUAGGAGACUAGAAAGGAGACUUUUUCAAAUGCCCUCAUAGACCCUGCUCACCCAACUUAUUUUUCUACUGAGUAACUCAAAAGUGAGCAUUGACUUAAAAUCUACUUUUAAAAGGUCUGAAUAUAAAACAUCAAGUAAUACAUUAAACAGUUUUAUCUCAGGCAGAACAAUAUAGAUUGACUCAAGUUUUGGGAAAAGAAGCUAGCCUUUUAUGCAACGAGGAUAGUUAGUUCUAAUGAAUUACCAAAGGCACCACUGUCUGUGAAACUCAAAGUUGAAGGAAUCCUGGUCAGCCAGCCAGAGAUGACACCCCAGACUCUCACAACCUGGUGCCACACUUCUUUCUGUUCCUCGUGAGUUAUAUAGAGACAUCAAACCAGCUGUGAGGCCCCUGUCCUCCUCUGCCUCUUUUCAAGCUCCAUAUUUCCGUCCCAUCACACCCAUGAGGCAUGUCUCCCUUUCUUCUCUAGAUGUUGAGUUAGAGCAAUCAGAAACAUAAAUGUGCAUGUCUGAUGUCUGAGGGAUAAUACUUUAAUGUUGAAUUAAGACUGUGCAGACAAUGAAAAUCUAAAAAGUUGCAGAACAAAUGUUCUUUUGUGAAAUUUCCAAUAGAUCUUCUGAAAGACAGUACAAUCAUGUUUGAAUGAAAAUGUCUGAUUUUUAGGUUUGAAGUAAUUAUUCUGUUAUAUGGCUGUUGAGAAGCAGUUCAAAUUAUCUCCUCACAUGAGACUUUGAAAAGAAUUUAUGGGCCAGGGAGCUUUCAUAGAAAAUUAUGUCUGGUCAUCUUUUAUAAGGUGAUAAUGAGUGUUAUCUGCACAUAGCAGAGUUCCCCCCCCCUUAGGAGUUUAUAUGUUUUUAUAAAUUCUGUUGAUGAUAAUAUUGUUUACAUGUAUUUAAAAGACUGUAAAGGAAGUAUAUGUGGCACCUAUUAAUGAUGUUGAUGUUGAUCAUUUGUAAACACUUUGGAAAUUCUUAUAUAAGCCUAGAUAAUUUUCUCUUGGUUCCUUUAGAAUCAUGUAACAAACUUGGUCUGGACACUGAGGCAUGGACAAGAUUGGUCCUUGGCUAGAACAUAGACUAUAUGGGCAUUAAGUAGGGUUGGAAGUGGGUGCCCUUGCAGAUUCCUUGUGUGCAAACAGACUGCUGUCACCUGACUCCAACUGGGAAGAUGUGUUUUGAUGGUUGCGGCUCCUUGGGCCUCUCUCCAGGCUGGGGGCACUGUGGAAGGCAAGUGGGAAAGAAACUCUUGUCCACCAAACCCUCCGCACAGGUGGCUGCUGCUGGUGCCCGAUUCUCGUCCUGAAGUGUAAGUUCCUGUUCAGAGGCUCUCCUGUGGCUGAUGUGCCUUUCAUCUCUUCAUCAUUUCAGCUAACUUGUAAUUGUAUAAUCCCAUCUUUUCUCAUUUGACAUCACAACCUUUAAAAAAAACCUUUUCUUUUUAAAAGAUGGCACAUGUUUUCCAUUUUCUUUUUGUUCACAGAGCAUCCACAUUUAUAAAGGGAAUUGAGCACGGCUUAUUCCUUGGUCAGCAGUUUUGCAUGUGGCACCCUUAUGUGAAUUCAUUUUCUUAAUUUUUGCUUUAUAUUAUGAAUCACCACAAAGCUUGGCUAACCCUACAGAAAAGAUUGAGGCUUCAGUGUUCUCUCUGAGGGCAUUAUGACUGGCUCCCAGUGCAUCGCACACGUUCCAGGCUUGCUGGGAAGGGGCACCUUGCACAGCAGUGGGCGCAGGCAGCUCCUGGCUACACAGAGGAAUGCUGAACUGUUUGUUGCACAAGGAAUUUACUGUAAAAUAGAGGUUCCGUCCAGUGUCUGCCCACACUUAAAUGUUGAGGUGUCUGGACAGCCAGGAAUGUCACAUGGAUUCUGGCAGAGCUCCUGCAGUACAGUUGCCUUUAGUUUUCCUUUAAAGAUGUAAAAAUAUUGUAUAAUAGCUUCUCCCCCGACCCCCAACACAAUUGUAUUUGCUAAACUUAGUGCAUUUAACUACUUUUAUUUAUUUAGUUUUGGGAAGUAUUAAUAUAUAUGAACAUAUAGUUACCAUUUUAUAUAUUCUUAGCUCAUUCAAAGCCAUGUAUGCUGUAAAUGUGCAGUCUUUAGAAUGACAAGUAAUAAAUACCUGAUAAGAACAUUAAA